AUGCAGAAGAGCAUUAGGUAUAAUGAGGGACACGCUGUAUACUUGGCCCUGAUAGCGCGCAAAGAGGGGGCGAAGCGCGGCUACCUGAGCAAGAAGACGGCCGAGAACAACAAGUGGCACGACAAGUGGUUCGCCCUUUACCAGAAUGUCCUCUUCUACUUUGAGCACGAGCAAAGCAGCAGACCCUCUGGGAUUUAUCUGAUCGAAGGCUGCACGUGUGAGCGGGUCGCCUCCCCGAAGCCCCCGACUAUGGGCAAGGAGACCCUGGAGAAACAGCAUUAUUUUACCGUAAACUUUGGCCAUGAAGGACAUAAACCCUUGGAGCUUCGGAUCGAGGAAGAGGUGGACUGUGAAACGUGGGUGGAUGCAAUUCAACAGGCCAGUUACUGUGAUAUAGUAAUUGAGCGAGAGAUACUGAUGCAGAAGUAUAUUCAUCUGGUACAGAUAGUGGAAACGGAGAAAAUCGCAGCCUAUCAACUACGGCAGCAACUUGAGGAUCAAGACACUGAAAUUGAAAGAUUGAAAGCUGAGAUUGUUGCUGUGAACAAGACUAAUGAACGGAUGCGGCCAUACCAAGGAAAUCCAGAGGAUGAAGAUCCAGAUAUUAAAAAGAUUAAGAAGGUUCAGAGUUUCAUGAGGGGCUGGCUGUGCAGAAGGAAAUGGAAGACAAUUGUUCAGGAUUACAUCUGCUCGCCCCACGCAGAGAGCAUGAGGAAAAGGAACCAAAUAGUCUUCAACAUGGUGGAAGCAGAGUCCGAAUAUGUGCAGCAACUGUACGUCUUGGUCAAUUGCUUCCUGCGUCCCCUGAGGAUGGCUGCCAGUUCAAAAAAGCCCCCUAUAAGUCAUGAUGAUGUCAGCAGCAUUUUUCUCAACAGUGAGACAAUCAUGUUUCUUCAUGAGAUAUUUUACCAAGGACUAAAAGCACGGAUAGCCAACUGGCCUACCCUAGUGUUGGCUGACUUGUUUGACAUAUUGUUACCGAUGCUGAAUAUUUACCAGGAGUUUGUCAGGAACCACCAGUACAGUCUACAGGUGUUGGCAAACUGUAAGCAAAACAGGGAUUUUGACAAGCUGUUGAAACAGUAUGAAUCGAACCCAGCAUGUGAGGGGAGAAUGUUGGAGACCUUCCUGACAUAUCCCAUGUUUCAGAUUCCACGAUAUAUAAUAACAUUACACGAGCUUCUUGCACACACACCACACGAGCAUGUGGAAAGAAAAAGCCUGGAAUUUGCAAAAUCUAAACUGGAAAACCUUUCAAGGGUAAUGCACGAUGAAGUGAGUGACACAGAAAACAUUCGGAAAAAUCUUGCAAUCGAACGAACAAUUGUGGAAGGAUGCGACAUUUUGCUGGAUACAAGCCAAACAUUUGUACGCCAAGGUUCCCUCAUACAGCUCCCAUCUGUGGAGAGGGGAAAGCUGGCCAAAGUUCGCCUAGGUUCCCUGUCUCUGAAGAAAGAAGGAGAAAGGCAGUGUUUCUUAUUCACAAAACAUUUCCUAAUCUGCACACGGAGUUCGGGAGGAAAAUUGCAUCUAUUGAAGGCUGGGGGCGUGCUUUCCCUGAUAGACUGCACUUUAAUAGAAGAACCCGAUGCAAGUGAAGAUGAAUCAAAAAGCUCUAGUCAGGUCUUUGGGCAUCUUGACUUCAAGAUUGUGGUGGAAUCUGUAGAUGCCACGCCAUUCACAGUUGUGCUGUUAGCUCCAUCUAGACAAGAAAAGGCUGCAUGGACCAGUGACAUAAGUCAGUGUAUAGACAACAUACGGUGCAAUGGGCUCAUGACCAAUGUGUUUGAGGAAUAUUCAAAAGUGACUGUGCCUCAUAUGAUAAGGUCAGACAUCCGACUUCAUAGUGACGAUGCUGACAUCUGCUUCAGUAAGACACUGAACUCCUGUAAAGUGCCUCAGAUCCGCUACGCUAGUGUGGAGAGGCUGCUGGAGCGACUGACCGACCUGCGCUUCCUCAGCAUCGACUUCCUCAACACCUUCCUCCACACCUACCGAAUAUUCAGCACUGCCCUUGUGGUCCUGGAGAAACUGGCAGACAUCUACAGGAAACCUUUUACCUCCAUCCCUGUCAGAUCACUGGAACUGUUUUUUGCCUCUAAUCAAAGCAAUCGAUCUGAGCACCCAAACGAUGGCAAAUCCCCAAGACUGUCUCGGAAAUUUUCAUCGCCUCCUCCGCUGUCGUUGUCUCGGACGUCCUCGCCCGUCCGAACCCGGAAGCUGUCGCUCAGCUCGCCGGUGAAUUCCCGAACGGGAGCUCUUGACCUUUCCACGUCGUCCACAUCCGGUACGACCUUUGCUCACAGCCCAACUGUUUCUCCACCUCCUGUAGCGAGCAAAGUACCACUGGAUCUGAGCAAAGGUCCCUCAUCGCCAGAGUGGCCCCUGCAAACAGAAGAAAAUUCAGAGCAUCCCCGCAUUGAUAUAUGUAGCAAGUUAAGAAGAAGCAUCAGGAGAGUUCAAUCUGGUGUGAUGGGACCUGGUUGCAGAGAGAUGGACAACACUCGAUGCUCUGUGUCUCCUGCCUCAGCGUUUGCCAUUGCCACGGCAGCAGCAGGACAUGGGAGCCCACCGCCCGAAAACACCGCCGUGCAGGAAAAGUUCCGACGCGUCUCCAUGGGAGGAUUUAACAAUUCAGAGCGCAUGUGUGACAAAGAGUUUCUAAUUCGCAGGGCCGCUACAAAUCGUGUUUUAAAUGUCCUUCGGCACUGGGUUUCCAAGCACUCUCAGGAUUUCGAGAUGAACGGUGAACUGAAGUCAAAUGUUGUAAAUUUGUUAGAGGAAGUGAUGCGUGACCAUGAGUUACUGCCCCAAGAAAGGAAAGCCACGGCCAACAUCUUAAGUGCACUCUCACAGGAUGAACUGGAUGAUGCUCAGCUACGGAUGGAAGUUUUAUUACAGAUGACAGAUGGGCCUAGGAUGGAAUCCUUUGAGACUUUGUCAGUCAUGGAAAUGGCGGAACAGUUGACGCUCCUUGAUCACAUUGUUUUCAGAAGCAUACCAUACGAGGAAUUUCUUGGGCAGGGAUGGAUGAAACUUGACAAAAAUGAACGAACGCCAUACAUCAUGAAGACCAGCCAGCACUUUAAUGAUAUGAGUAACCUUGUUGCUUCUCAAAUCAUGAUGCAUGCGGAUGUUAGUUCACGCACAAUUUCCAUUGAGAAAUGGAUAGCAGUGGGAGACGUUUGUCGCUGUAUGCACAACUACAAUGGUGUCCUUGAGAUCACUUCAGCACUGAAUAGAAGUGCAAUCUACAGACUGAAGAAAACCUGGGCAAAAGUUUCCAAACAGACCAAAGCCCAAAUGGACAAGCUUCAGAAAACUGUCUCCUCUGAAGGAAGAUUUAAAAAUCUAAGGGAAACACUGAAAAAUUGUAAUCCACCCUGUGUUCCUUACCUUGGGAUGUAUUUGACUGACCUCGCGUUUAUAGAGGAGGGUACACCCAAUUUUACUGAUGAAGGUCUUGUAAACUUUUCCAAAAUGAGAAUGAUAUCACACAUUAUUAGGGAGAUACGCCAGUUCCAACAAACCCCAUAUAGAAUAGAUCAUCAACCAAAGGUCAUUCAAUACUUACUUGACAAAACAAUUAUUAUGGAUGAAGACACAUUGUAUGAGCUCUCCUUAAAAAUUGAACCCAGGCUUCCUGCAUGAGAGGCGGCAUUUUUUUUGUGGCUGCAGAGGUGCAGCCGCUUAGUGUAACAACCCAGAGUGUACGUGCCAUGCCCUUUGGAGUGCGACUUCUCUACCCAAGGAAAAGGUGAGCUUGAGAUUUCCUAAGGAAAGGACAGAAAGUUACGGGAAGAUUGCCUGCCUAUUGCAUACUGGAAGAUGGUGAACUACUGCUUGGGAUGAAUGAUAUUCAGGAUAACAAUGUUCUGGGAAGAAUGCUUGAGCGGAACGGAAAAAGGGAUGAAGUUAAAAUGGAAGUUACAUAAUACUUAUUAAAAAAAUUUAUAAAAAUGGUCACACCCCAUCACAGUGUGCAGAACUGAUGUUGAGCAUUGAGACAAAUGGAGCAAGGUAAAGCAAGUUAUUUUCUUCCUAGGAACCAUUGUGGCAGCCUUAUUGGUUUUGGGGGCUUAUCAGAUUUCUGUGGGGCAGGGGUGUUGUGUUACCUGUCCAUCUAUGAGUCACGAAAUGUGAAAGGCUUCCAAAUUCUCCAAGCAAAAUUCAUUUCUAAUCAUCAUUUUGGAGGAAUCCAUUGUUAGUGAUACAGAGAAAAGCAAGAGUGACAGUGAGGUGGCAUUGCAGUUCUUCGAGGCUUAAAGAACCUUCGGACCAGUUGAAAAGGUUCUGAUAUCCAAGUAAAGACAGAAGAUAAUUCUAAUGACAUGAGUUUAAAACACAAAGACCUGCUUCCCACAACAUCACAGCUUUCACUUGCCUGGGACCAUUCUUAAAAUUACAUGUAACACCAAAAUACUGACUUAAAGGUAUCACAACUUGACUGUUCAACAUCCCUCAGCUUUGUAGGUUGUAUUUUGAAAUGUUCUGUAUUAACUUUCUCAGUGAAAUGUUGGAUGUUUUUAAUAUAUACUGAUAUUUAAUCACUUCUUGUUUGAGUUGUACAAAGCUUUGUGUGGUGCUGCUUUUUCCCCUGUGUUUUCUAUGUCUAACAUCCCAAUGACCCAGUGAUCUGAAAUUCAAAGCUCUCACUGUCAAUGAAAAGGCUGGAGUAAAUAAUCGCUUACUGACUAACAAUAUUUUGAAACACUUUCUUGGAAUAAUCAUGAAUUUCAGAAUCUGAAUCAAUAUCAGAAUCAGAAUCACACUUUAUUCGCCAAGUAUGUUUUGGAACAUAUGAGGAAUUUCAUUGGCCAGGUCAGUCAUACAAUUAAAAGUAACAGAUCACUUCAAAAAUACAUUUUAACAUGAACAUCCACCAUAGUGACUCCUACACAUUCCUCACUGUGAUGGAAGACGAAAUAAAGUUCAAGUCCUACGCUUAGUUCUUCCUCAGUCAUGGGCCUCAAGAUUGAUGAGACGAUCAUGACUCCCAUAGCCGGCGGCGUUCACACCCUCCGCGUCGAGGUGAUCAUAAUAAUAGUAAUAACAAUGCAUAUGCUUUUUCUUUAAAACGGAUUAUUUGAAAACAGAAUGCUCCUCAGUGUAAAAGAUUUUCCACGGCUGACUUCUACAAAUCCCAUCUUAAAAGAUGAUUUUAAACAUGAAUUGAUUCAAUGAACAAUGAAUGACUGUGACCCAUUUCAAAUACUUAAUUCAUUGGAAACACACUUAGAAUGAUAUCUUUACUGCAGCAAUUACUAUUAUCUUUGUAGUUAAGUUAGUUAGUUUCACGUGCAGCAUUUGUGGAAAAUACUUCACAAUAUCUAGCUGUAUAAAUGUAAAUCAUUGAGUCACAGAGAGAUACAGUGUGGAAACAUGUACUUUUCCAAACUUGCCCACACCGGCCAACAAUGUCUCGGCUACACAAGUCCCACUUGCCUGCGCUUGGUCCAUAUCCCUCCAAACCUGUCCUAUCCAUGUACCUGUCUAACAGUUUCUUAAACGUUACAAUAGUCCCAGCCUCAACUUCCUCCUCUGGCAGCUUGUCCCAUACACCCACCACCCUUUGUGUGGAAAAAGUUACCCCUCAGAUUCCUAUUAAAUCUUUUCCCCUUCGCCUUAAACUUAUGCCCCCUGGUCCUUGAUUCACCUACUCUGGUCAAGAAUCUCUGUGCAUCUACCCCAUCUAUUCCUCUCAUGAUUUUAUGUACCUCUAUAAGAUCUCCCCUCAUCCUCCUGCGCUUCAAGGAAUAAAGGCACAGCCUAAAUCGCUACGAAUUAACCUUAAUCCACACCAGCUGCUUCUGAUUUACGGAAAAUAUGGUACUAGCUUGGAGAUUCUAUUGUUUUGUUUCAGGUGAGUGACAUUGCAAAAAGUUAUCGUUAUAUUUUACGAACAAUAAAUUUGACAGGACGGCAAGUUCAAAACAAAGACACCUUUAAUUAAUAAAUGCUCAGGGAGUUUAAUUGAUAAUGUACUGAAGUCAACUAGUUACAGGUAAUACUCAUUUUAACAACUUUUUAUUGGAUUAAUUUAAGCAGCUACAAUUGAUGGAUCUGAAUGUUUUAGUUAUGUGCUUAUGAUCAAAUGUAACCAAUUAAUGAAUGACCCCAAAGACUACAAUGUCUAACAUUGAAAGCCUGUUAGACAACGUAGUCACAGCAACCAAGCGGGUGACCAUUUAAUGGCUCUCUCAAACGUGACAGAAUGUAAGGCAAGCUAAUAGAAACUUGAAAAAUGAAUGAAGCUGACUGUUUAUUUGGAAGAAUUUUAACAUCCAGAUGCCAGCUGUAAUGCCUUGUUAUAGACUCUUCCAUUCUUUCUGCAAUCAUAGUCUUCUUGGGUCAUGCCAGUAUUUUGCACACUUUUCGAUAUGAUGAUCUGACUGUAUCUCACCUCGCUAUAGAAGGAAGAACUAUACGAGGAGAAUGGAGGGGACAUUAGAAACUGAGAAUGAAGAGAGAAUGCAAAAUACAGAUGCAGGUGUAGUCUCGCUCAUUUAAGUCAGUAAUAUGAGUGUAGCCUGGCCAGUGCAGAACAACUUAUUGCCUGGUGGCUGAAGUUUAAAUGUAAGUUAUGCAGAAAACUGAAAACAUCCCUGUUUCCACCAUCUUUAUCUUAAAUGUUUUGCUUUAUGAUUCAGUUUCUGCCCAGGAAAUAGCCCACUCAUCCAGCUCCUGAUUGCACUGGGCCCAUUCAUCCUUUGAACAGCAUAGCACCUGAACAGGCCCACAAUGUCUGUGCCGAACAUAAUGUCAAGGUGAACUAAUCUUGUAUGUUCUCCCCAUGAUCUGUGUGGGUUUUAUCCAAGAUCCGCGGUUUCCUCCCACACUCCAAUGACGUACAGGUUUGUAGGUUAAUUGGCUUGGUAUAAUUGUUAAAUUGUCCCUAGUGUGUGUGGGGAUCGUUGGUUAGUGUGGACUCGGUGGGCCGAAGGGCCUGUUUCCGCGUUGUAUCUCUUAAUGUAAAUUAAACCGAUCUAAAAGCCUUUUAGAUGCCACCAUUGCAUCUACUUCCAUGACCACAUCUGGCAGUUCAUUGCAGGCACCCACUUGUGCAAAAGAAAAACUUGCCCCACUCAGCUCCUUUAAACUUGCCCCACUCACCUUCAAGCUCUGCUCUCUCAUCUUUGAUGUUUCCACCCUGAGGAUUUCUGGUAAACCUCUUCUGCACCUUCUCCAUACACUGCCAGCAGAGAUAAGGCAAUGGAGUGGAAGCUGAGACAAGGUAUUUCAAACAGUAACUUUAUGGGAAACGGCCAUUCCAGACGAUUCCUAGAAUGGUCUUUAAAUGCAUCAGUGGUCAAAAUCCUGAAAUUCUCUCACCUGAGUGUAUUAGUCUGUAGCACAGAGAUUUUAUUGAUUAAAAGAAAACAACUAAGCAUAAAAACAGUUUACAAUGUAAAGAAAACUUAUUUUCAAUGCUUAAAUAAUAACGGCAUCAAGUUAAAAUGGAGCACAAAAACAGAACAUAAAUGAAGCGCAGGUAAUUUGAUUAAACUAAUCUAUGAUGGUAUUUAUGAUCGACCUGAACCUGCGGCACUCAGAUUCAUCAUCUCCAUCCCUGUAAUCAUUCACUCCCUAAUGUCUUCCUUAAAGACAUAAUUUGGCUGAACUACAGUAGCUUGCAAAGGUUUUCAUACCCCUUGAACUUUUCCACAUUUUGUCACGUUACAACCACAAAUGUAAAUGUAUUUUAUUGGGAUUUUAUGUGAUAGACCAACACAAAGUGGUGCGUAAUUGUGAAGUGGACGGAAAAUGAUACAUGGUUUUCAAAUUUUUUUACAAAUAAAAAACUGAAAAGUGUGGUGUGCAAAAGUAUUUAGCCCCCCUGAGUUAAUACUUUGUAGAACCACCUUUCGCUGCAAUUACGCUCAAGCUCAGUCAGAUUGGAUGGAGAGUGUCUGUGAACGUCAAUUUUCAAGUCUUGCCAGAGAUUCUCAAUUGGAUUUAGGUCUGGACUGACUGGGCCAUUCUAACACAUGAAUAUGCUUUGAUCUAAACCAUUCCAUUGUAGCUCUGGCUGUAUGUUUAGGGUCGUUGUCCUGCUGGAAGGUGAACCUCCAC